GAAAGGAGGGUGCUUUUUUUGUUCUGUUUUUGUUUUGUUUUUUAUUCCUCCCCACAAUAUAAUUAGAUAAUGAUUAGAUUAAAUGUUUUGAAUGGUGGGUAACCGUCGGCUUGUGACCAGGAGCAGCUAUGCUUUUAAUACGCCUACUAUUUUUGAAAGUGGAUGUGAAUAAAUGAAAAAUUCUUUUUUUUUUUUUUUUGUUAUUUAGGCUGUUUCAUUUAUUUACGUUCGCCUAUUAUUUCUGUGCGCGUCUAUGGGAAAGGGCACCCUACAGAUACAUAUCAUCACAACCUCUAGAUGACGGAAAUCGAAGAUAGAAGAUUAUCAUACCAAAAAAUAUGUGGAGAAUAUACAGUAGGCUACUUCAGUCUGGAUACUGGCCUUAAGGCAAAACAAGACAGAUCAGUGGGGAAUUAAAAAUUAAUAUAACCGCAACAAUGCAUUUAUUGCAUCUAUUGUUUAGGUCGACUAAUACGAGAGUGAGAUGUUGAAGCAUAUAACACCUUUUGAAGGACACGAUAAUUGUGAACUAUGUAUCAAAUGGGCCUGAUUGCCUUUUGUCAUGGAUGCUGUAACUUGAAAGCAUCUCCUUGUAUCAGGGAAUUGAUGCGAGACGCCGUAUGCAAAAUUACUGCGCAAGAAGGACUGCCAUGAAACGCGGGCACGUGUGUAUGUAAUCACGUGAUAUUCUAAGUCACAAGAUAAGGAGAAGAUGACAGCUGAAGGGAGGUUGUUGACAGUUGUGGCUGUGUUUUUUGUAUUAUUUUAUGGAAACCGUUUUUGUCACGCUGCUAACUCACAGAUAUGUCUGAUGUGCAAUGGCACCGUGGUGAACGGUAGUGCUGUUUGGGAUUUCUGCACAUCAUCUGCUGGUCAGAUCGACGGACGAUGCUGUUUGCAAACGGACAACACUAGCGGCGCCGUCCACAUUACUGGACUAGAUGUAUCAUACUGUAAUCUAAUUGUUGUGGAAGAUCUCAGUGAGGCUUCCACAGCAUUAAUGAUAGAUCUGUCUUUCAACCCAAUUUCGAACCUGAGUGAUCUGGUGUUCGAAGGCUUCAGCCAACUGUUCUAUGUAAUACUUCCCUCAAACCUGACGUGCCCUGGUGGCAAUGCAUCAUGGGAGAAGACAGAGGUCAAAGGUGAAGUCAGAGUGUGUGAGGGGCAAAUAAAUGCCUGCAAUCAGACUGGACACAUAUCCUGGGACUGUCCACAAAACUCCCUAUGCUCUCCCUAUGGACCAGGUUUCUUUGCAUGUAGUUGUGUGGAAAGUUUUCAUGGAUACAAGUGCCUGAGAGAGGGUGAAUUUCCAAUAGUGGAGGUCUUUGGGAUUCUCGGAGGGUCCACCAUCCUGGUGUCCUUGGUGUUAUGGGUCACCCAGAGAAGGAAGGCCAAGGCUAUGUGACCCAGCCUGAGGUUUUGUCGGAAAGCUCUCCAAUCAUACUGACACAGCAAUUUUAGAGGACUUACAAAUGUUUUAAACUGACACGCUAUGCACAGACACAUUUUAUUUUUUUAAUCAAGAUGUUAAAAAAAAAAAUUGCAUCAGCUAUUUUAGAGACCUACUGCUGCUAACAGGAGCACUAACGUUUGCAAAAAUAUUUCGCUCCAUUUGUUUUUAUCAAAAUGUUACACUACUUUUGUGCUCUCAAUGAAUGUUGACCACAAUUUAAAUUGACAUUAAGAAACAAUGUAAGUAUUUUUUACCUUAGUAAACAUUAUGAGAUUUAAGAGAUUGGGAGACUAAGAAACGACGUUUACAUGAUUGAAACCAUAUUGAUUAUGGUUUUAGUGACACAGUACUCCUACCUGAAGUGCCAAAUUAUGUUCACAAAUGCACUGGAACACAGAUCAAUUAUUACUGUAUAUAUUGCAAGUUACUAUCAAAACUAUGUGAGAUGCAAAGCUAUGCAAUAAGUCAGUAUUUACUUCAUAUUGUUUCAUUGUGUAGCAUUGGCUUGCUUGACAGCAGUGCGCAUGUUUUAAGGGAACUGAGGAACAUGUCUUUAUAGGACUAUGCUGACAGUGCAUGUCAGACGUACAUCAAAUGUUUGCAACCUUUUAUUGUGUAAAGAUUCCCUGUUUCCA